AGACAAAAAGGGGAGUGACAGCCUAGGAGGUGUGACAGCUGCAACGUUCCGGUAUAGGGACGAUCCCCCUCCCGUAUAGGUGCAGAGCAGCAGUGACAUCAGCACAGCCGGGGCGAGUGUGAGAACAGCAGUAAUGGCAGCGCACAGCGAUCUAGAUCAGGCAGUAGCAGACUGGCUCAAAUGGGACAAGAACCCAAAAACAUCUGAUUUAAUUAAGCAGCUGGUGGCUGAUGGGAAGAAUAAAGAGCUGCAGGCAUGUUUUGGUUCAAGGAUGGAGUUUGGUACAGCAGGAUUACGUGCUGCGAUGGGCCCUGGGAUUUCUCAAAUGAAUGAUCUGACUAUUAUCCAGACAACUCAGGGAUUCUGCAGAUACCUUGAAAAAAAUAUCUGUGAUCUGAAAGAGAGGGGUGUCGUGAUUGGUUAUGACGCCCGGGCACACCCUGCAAGUGGAGGAAGCAGUAAGAGGUUUGCAAGACUUGCUGCCACUACCUUUGUUAGUCAAGGAAUACCUGUCUACCUCUUCUCUAAUAUAACACCCACUCCUUUUGUGCCAUACACUGUAAUUCAUCUAAACCUCUGUGCUGGAAUAAUGGUAACUGCAUCACAUAAUCCAAAGCAAGACAAUGGAUACAAGGUUUAUUGGGAAAAUGGUGCCCAGAUCAUAUCACCCCAUGAUAAGGGAAUUGCUGAGGCCAUUGAAGAGAACCUGGAACCAUGGGCAAAGGCCUGGGAUGACAAACUUAUUGACAACAGUGACCUUCUUCAUGAUCCCUACAAAUCUAUCAAUAAGGAUUACUUUACGGAUAUCAAGAAGCACUGCUUCCAUAGAGACAUCAAUAAGGAGUCCAAGGUAAAAUUUGUCCAUACGUCUGUGCACGGAGUCGGCCAUGAAUUUGUGCAGUCGGCCUUCCAAGCUUUUGGCUUUAGUGCUCCGCUAGCUGUACCAGAACAAAAAGAUCCUGACCCGGAGUUUCCUACAGUGAAAUACCCCAAUCCUGAAGAGGGUAAAGGUGUGUUGAAAUUAUCUUUUUCCUUGGCUGACAAAGAAGGGGCGAGGAUUAUUUUAGCAAAUGACCCAGAUGCUGAUCGUUUAGCAGUUGCAGAAAAACAGGAAAGCGGCGAGUGGAAAGUGUUCUCUGGCAACGAGCUUGGAGCCCUUUUAGGUUGGUGGAUUUUUACUUGUUGGAAAGAACAAAACCAAAAACCUGAAGCGGUAAAAAAUGUGUACAUGCUGGCGAGCACAGUCUCCUCGAAAAUCCUCAGAGCCAUUGCAGUGAAAGAAGGCUUCCAUUUUGAGGAAACAUUGACGGGAUUUAAAUGGAUGGGAAACAGAGCAAAACUACUCAUAGACCAAGGGAAGACUGUGCUGUUUGCAUUUGAAGAGGCAAUAGGCUAUAUGUGCUGCCCUUUUGUCUUGGAUAAAGAUGGAGUGAGUGCUGCCGCAAUAGCAGCAGAAAUGGCAAGUUACUUAGCGACAAAAAAUACUACACUGACCAAACAGCUGAAUUCCAUUUUUAAUACAUAUGGCUACCACAUUAGCAAAAACUCAUAUUUUAUUUGCUAUGAUCAGAAUACAAUAAGGGACCUUUUUGAAAAUCUAAGAAAUUAUAAUGGUGAAAAGACAUACCCAAAACUCUGUGGUAAAUUUGAAGUUUCUGGAGUGCGCGAUUUAACCACUGGUUAUGACAGUAAUCAGCCUGACAACAAAGCUAUUCUUCCAACCAGUAAAAGCAGUCAGAUGAUUACAUUUACUUUUAGCAACGGAGGAGUUGCAACCCUUAGAACUAGUGGAACCGAACCAAAAAUUAAAUAUUAUGCAGAGCUCUGCGCAGCUCCAGGAAAUAGUGACUUUGACCAGCUGAAGAAAGAACUAGAGGACUUGGCUGAUGCUAUUGAAGAACACUUCUUUCAGCCAGAGAAGAACAAGCUGCAAAGAAAAUCAGAAUGAAGAACUGAAAUUAAAAUGCUUUAGUAUAAACUUAAAAAUAUAUUGUAUUAUUAAAUAUUAUAAAAGACCGAAUAUUGAGUUACUAGAUAUUAUAAUAGACAUAAAAAGGCUAUGGGGUCAAUCACAAUCUAUCGUCUUGUUUUUGGCAGUUUUUUAGCCCAAAAAGGACACUUUUCAUUUUAACAUGAUCACAAUAGGGAAUAUAGAAUAUAUCUAUAUAUUUUACAGUAUGUUUAAUAAUUUAUAUAUAUAUAUUUUUUUUAAAGAUUUUAUAUGUAAUAUCUCAAUAACGCGCCUUAAGAUUACUUAGUUUUCAUGUGCGCUAACCCAAGCAUUAAAAUCUAAAUCGCAAAACACAAAGGGCAAAAUGCAUAUUUUACAUUACUAUGUUCUUCACAUUCUUCAUGUAAUUUUUAUUAUUAAAUGUUUCUAUAUGUAUCUGAUAAUGUUAAUGUAAAAUACAUAUCUAUACCUAUAUAUCUAUAUGAAUAGAUAUACAGUUAUAGGUAUAUACAGAUAGAUAUAGAUAAAUAUGUAUUUAAGAAUGAAAAGGACAUUUACUGUACAUAUUUAACAUUCAAAUGUUCUACAUGAAAAACACUUAACUACAUCUGUACACGCAUAUAUAUAUAUAUAUAUAUAUAUGUGUAUAUGUAUGUGUUUUAUUUAUAUAUAUAUAUAUACAUACAUAUUUAGACAUGUGUAUGUAUGCAUGUAUUUCUAUGAUAAAGCCCUUUUCCAUGCCACUUUUUUGUCUUGCGUAAGUUAACCACAGCUCUGAAGUCAUGCUAACCUGACGUGCAUUAAAUUAAAUUGUGUUCAAGCUAACGCUUUUGUAAUACAUGUACUACUUCCAACGCGCACAGAGAGCCCCUUAUCGCUGUCGUUUUCUGGUUUUGCGUGAUAUACACCUGAAAUCAAGAAGAAGACUAUGGGUUUCUAUUAGAAAGACUUUUCUUAUUUUCUAAAACUGGAUUUUAACAGCACUGAAAGCACUCAAUUGCAAUAUUGUAACUGCAAAAUUAAUGUUCAAACAAGAUUGUGCCUUCAUGACUGGGUUUUUAAAGGAAACGGUCUUCAUAUACACAAAGUCCAAACAAGUUCACUACAGUGCGUUUUCCAAAUCUUGCACUAACAUUAUUGAAUUCCUAGUCACAAAGGCACAAUCUUGUUUGAGAGUUUCUAAUAGCAAUCCGUAGUCUUCGUCUUGAUGUAUAUCACACCAAACUAGAGAACAACAGCGCUUUGAAAAUCAACAAAUGUAGAUAUAUAAAACAUAAAAAUAAUACUUUUAAAAUAUUAAAAGCGUCAAUAUAGUAAUUGAACAAACAUUCCAGUGCGCACAUCAUGCCUAGAUACAAAUGCCAUUCAGAUUGUUUUUAGCAGUGAUCAGAAUAGAUUUGGAUUGCAACAGGUUAAUCUCACACAUGUAAAUGAGUAUUUCCCUUACACACUAAACAUAGGGGUUCAUUCAAAAUCUAUCCUGAUCACAAGCACUUAACCCCUUAAUGACCACAAUGUACCCUGUAUGUCACUGGUCGUUAAGGGGUUUUUCAGGACAUAAUAGCACAAGUCUAGCAAGAAUACGCUAUUAAUGCCCUCCCUCCAGCAGGCUUUGUGGAAUAGAGCAGUCUUAACGCUGGUGGCAAGACCGCGCUAUAAAACAAUCAAGUCCCAAAAAAAGGCCAGCGACAUACAGGGUACGUCGCUGGUCCCUUAAGGGGUUAACAAACGUAAACACGUUUUUCUGUUUAAAAACACUUUUGUAUCUUUUAGUGACUGGGUUCAUUUUGGAUUGUGAUUAGUUGAAAAGCACGCUGGCCAAUUCAGACGUAAAAAAGAUCAUUACUGGGGAGCAGAUAGCCCAUAGAUUGUGAUCGACCCUAUUCUCUUUUAAACAUGCUUUAGUUUAAAAUAGUCUAAGUAGAUAUUUUUAUUUAGUCCUAGUUUAUAGAAUAAAAAUAUUGGUCUGAAAUGAUCAUUUGCCAGACCAUUAGUAAGAACAUAUAUCUCUUUAAAGGAAAUCCAUCACAGAAAAUUGAUUAAAGGGACAUUAAACACUAAUGGUAUUGACAUUAUUCCCGGCCUCCCUCUAGUCAUGGGUACCACCAUGUUGAAAUCUAGCUUUCACUUUAUUCCAGUGCUGAGCUGUUUGUACAUUUGCAGUAAAUCUCCUUCAGAUACCUGUGGUAUAACCUAGAUUCCAAAAUGGCAGCACCCAUGAUUAGAGGGAGAAGCAUGAAAUGUGUUUAGUAUCCCUUUAAUUUAUUUUCAGUCUGAUACUUAUUUUCAUUUUGGGGUAGAUGCUAUACAGCUCUUUUGUAUAUUUUAUUUUGCUAUGUAGAUGCUUCUCUUGGUGAUCCUAUUGUAUACCAAGCAGUAUAUUUUCCCAGAAUUCCCUAACUGACAGGUUGAUGGCAGACAGCUGGAGAAGGGGAGGUUUGUCUACCAUCAACCCCACCCCUUGUUGAUGGUUAAUCAGCCAUUUCAUCAGUAUUUAAAGGUCAAAAGGGAAAAGUUAAAAACACUAAAACAUUUAGAGAUAUAAUAUUAUUUUAUUUAUGGUUUUCCUUUAAAAUAACAUGGACGUCUAUAACACAUUGUUUUCAGUCCCUUUUGAGUACUGUUUUAUAAUGUAAUUUUUAAACAUGUGUGCUUCAUUUCUGUCCAUAUUUAAAUUGAAUUCACUUCUGCAUCCUCAUCCAUUAAAACCACCAAUCAGAGUUAGUUUUACCAGAUUUAUAUCAAUGGGAGUUCACUCUCAGUUGCUUGUGGUCUUUGGAAAGAGAGAAAGCCGUGUUGUACAUGUGCACAGCAUUUUCAUCUCUUUUCCUCCUUCCUGUCUUCCUUAGGCAAUGGGUACCUAGGCAUAUUCUCCAGUGGUUAAUAAUGGUGGAAUGAUACAGCCUCUGAUUUACUGUAUUGCCUGUAGCCUUAUUAAAGAUAAAAAGCUUCAGUACUAAGUGCCAGCUAGAGGUUGCAAAAUGGGGUGAAUUUUAUUAAAAAUUUGCAAAAUGAACAAUAAAAAAAUAAAAAAAAUGGGGACUGUGAGACAAUGUGAUGACAUGAUGUAUUAGGUAUUUGUUUAUCAAAGUGUUUUAAAGGGACAGUAAACAUCUUGUAAUUACAAGACAUAUAUGUUGUGUAGCUAUAGAAUAACAUUUCAGCCAUGUCUAAACACUUUUAAAAAUAGCUUAACAUUCUUUUUAUUGCAAUUAUCAAAAGAAAAACUCCACCCACCAUUUGCCUUAUUUGGAUUAGCCAAUCACUGAUUUAGUUUGCAGCCAACAAGGCUAGGAAGGCCAUUGUACAUUGUUUUACAGCUGUUAUCAGCGAAAGCCAAAUAUAUAGAUAUGUAAAGCCAUAUUUAUAGCCGGGUUAGCCUUGAGAAGACAGCAGGGUGCAUUUCAAGUUCUGAGAAUUAGAAAAUGCUCAGUUUCCAGAGCUAAAUUUCAUGAAAAGAGGUAAAAUAAAUAAUGAAAGUAUAUUGCAAAGUUGUUUCAUUACACAACUGAAAGUUUUAUAUGAAAAUCUCAAGUUGUGUACUGUCCCUUUUAAGUAUAAAGCUCAACACAGAGUCAAAUGGUUGUGGUAGCUUUACAAGCUUGGUACAAAUUCCAAACAAUAAAGCUAUUAUAUAUAUAUAAAUAUAGAUUUUAUUUAUUUUUUCUUCAUAAACCAGGAAGUAUUUCACCUGAUGUCAAUUUGUUUUAAAGAUUCUCACUGAGUUUUAAUAUUUCAUCUAUUUAAAAUCUAUUCUCUUCACGUCUAACUCCCAUUUGAAAAUGUUAAUAAAAUCAUAGGAAUAAGAAAUAGUAGAAGGAAUAUAUCUUCUUUGAAGCAAAACAGACACGAAAGUCAAAAUUAAACUUUCAUGAUUCAGAUAGAACAUGCAAUUUUACUUUAUUUAUAAAACGUUGCACAAUAUUUUUUAUGUGUACACUUUGUGAGGUACCAUCUCCUACUGAGCAUGUGCACAUGUUCACAGAGUAUACACAUACUAGUCUGCAAUUGGCUGAUAGCUGUCACAUGAUAUAGUGGGCUGGCAAAUGGGGAAAAAAUACAUUAUUUUUUUUAAAAAAUCACUGCAGAUGUAGGCGGCUGCUCGUGGCAUUCGCCUCUUUUCGAAGCCAGGAUUUCUUGUGAAAGUGCAAAACAGUAAUAUCUUAGCCUGUUUAACUUUCAGAAGAAUAAAUCUGGCUCCGAAAAAUAUUAGCCGAAUGCCACGAGUGGCCGCCUACAUCUGCAUUUGGAUCCUAAUAAUGGAUCAGAAUGCCCAUAUCUAGUUAAUUCAUUGUCUUUUUAUUAUGCCCUUGUUAAUUAUGCAAUUCUGCUGCAUUUAAUAGCCCUAGAAGAAAAGUAAAGAUCAAACAGAAGUAGGAAAUAAGCAGAGCAGCACAACAGAUGCACUAAAUUAAAGAACAUUGUCCUUAAAUAAAAAUCUAACUGGCAGGAAAUGCUUUUACAGUCUUGUAGAAUGAGUCAGCAAACACUGUUUUGUUUCCAGUAAGAGAGGGGCCUUCUUAUUAACCAGUUUUUAUUUAUAUGUUUCCGUACUUGUAUAGUGCAAGCAUAAAAAACAAAACUUAAGAUUAAACAUGUAGCCUAAA